AUGUCAGUUGAGUUGAAGUAAGAAAUUGUUCAUUGUUGAAAUUUAUUCACGGCAAAUCGUGCCGUGUUUGUGCUCUAAUCAAGGCUUAAUCAUUGUAAGUGUUUACAAUUAUUAAAAGGUUUGAUAGAUUGACCAUGAAUUAAACCAGUUUUAGCCAGCCGGUGAAGAAGGGAUGGUAAAAAUCGUGACUUACGCGAAGGUUUAGUGAUGACUCUGUAAUUUAUCAUGUUUGCGUAGUAUUAAUAAAUAAAAUAAUACGUGGACAUCAGGAUGUCGGCUCACACUGCGCAGGAAGAGGCUGAGGCCGAUAGGAUUGCAUUCCUGAAGAGAAUAUUCAGCAUGGCGUUCUAUGCGCUGGCGUCGUUCAUGAUAACCGUAGUGAACAAGACCGUGCUGACCACGUACGCGUUUCCCUCAUACCAAGUGCUCGGCCUCGGCCAGAUGAUCGCAACCAUAUCCGUGCUGUGGGUGGGGCGCCGCCUCCACGUCGUACAGUUCCCAAAGUUGGACUCUGGAGUGUUCCACCGCAUUUGGCCGCUGCCUGUGAUCUACCUCGGCAACAUGGCCACGGGACUCGGCGGCACCAAGGAGCUCAGCCUGCCCAUGUUCACCGCGCUGCGCCGCUUCAGCAUACUCAUGACAAUGGCAGCUGAGAGAGUGGUACUCGGGGUUAAAGCACCGAAAAUGGUCCAAGUGAGUGUCUUUGCAAUGGUUGGAGGAGCCUUGAUUGCAGCAGCCGACGAUAUGAGAUUCUCAAUGCAAGGAUACACAUUGGUCUUGCUGAAUGACUUGUUCACUGCUUCAAAUGGAGUUUACAUGAAGAAGAAGCUAGAUUCCAAAGAGUUGGGGAAGUAUGGACUGAUGUUCUACAAUGCAUUGUUCAUGAUAGUGCCAGCUCUGCUGAUUGCGUGGGCCACCGGAGACCUGCAGAAGUCGGCGGAGUACGAGCACUGGGGGGACACGCUGUUCCUGCUGCAGUUCCUCAUGUCCUGCGUCAUGGGGUUCAUCCUGUCCUACAGCGUCAUGCUCUGCACGCAGCACAAUAGUGCUCUCACUACUACUAUAAUAGGGUGCCUUAAAAACAUUUUUGUAACAUAUCUAGGAAUGGUUAUAGGAGGUGAUUACAUAUUUUCGUGGCUCAACUUUGUGGGUCUGAAUAUUAGUGUUCUGGCCAGCCUGCUGUAUACAUAUGUGGAGUUGAAGAGGAAGCAAGCUCCCAAGUACCUGUCUGUAACUGAGGCUAAUGCACGGGUAGACACCGUAUAGCAGUAUGUUAAACACAAGACUGCCCAGUGGUCAGCAUACUACAGUGUGUAGUAUUAAACUGUUGGUUUUAACCAAAGAAGAUUCUAAAGCAAUCUAUGGACAUUCCUCACACAGUGAAAAGUAGAGGCAAAUGAAUGUGAAUGUGAAAGAUUUAAGUUACUUAGUUGUAUGUAAAAUCAGAGAUUUUAUUUAAAACUCAUCUUAUAGUGCCUAAGGUUUAUUAAUAACAUAUUUAUAGUUAUGUUGCCGAUUUUAGAGAAUAAAUGAAAAUGUAUAGAUUGUGUAAUUCAAAAGUGAAGUAAGGACAUGAUAACACCAUUUACUAUGUAAGUUAAGUCAUGUUAGAAAGAUUCCAGUGUACAUAUUUAACUAAGAUACUAAAUGAUAACUAGUACAAAUUAGGAUGCAAUUAUUUUUUACUUUUUUGAUGUCAUUUGAAUUUAUUGGACAUAUUAUACCAUUCAUUGUUAUAUUGCGAUUUGGAUAAUUUUAAUAAUUGUAUUUUAUACAAAAUAUAUACAAUACAGUAUACAUACAUGUAUAGGUAUACUCCUAGUUGCUUAGUCAUAACCAUAUUAUGUGUUUAGAACCAGUAGCAAGUGAUGGUUUGGAUAUUUCCUUGCAAACUAGUCAUUUUGACUUAGCUCAAAUGGUUAAUAAGCAACCAAGCAAUGUGAUGACUGAAAGGAUUUGAUUAAAAAUAUAAUAAUAAAAUUAUAAGUGAAAA